AUGUUUUCAAACCUUGAAGGACCAUUACCGAGUGCAAUGCGAGGAAAACAUUUACUAGUGCUUGGCGCAUAUAGUCGUCUUGGAAGUCAAGUUGUAUGUCAAGCGCUUGAGGCAUCAUAUCACGUUACGGCAUUGGUUCAAACCGACAAAUCGUUGCCAUUCACUCGUGCACAGCUACAAAACCCAAAUUUGGUGAUUUGUGUCGGUUCGACUUUAUCACGAAAAGAUCUUGAAAAAGUUGUCGAAGGCAAAGAUGCGAUAAUAAACUGUCUUUACCCUAGUAAUAAACCAUGGAAAAACAACAAUCCCAAUCUACUUUCCACUACGCAAAAACUAUUGAACGAAGUCAUGAUUGCACAUGGUGUCAAACGGCUAAUUGUGGUUCGACUUAAAACAGAAGGCUUAACUGUGAAUAAAUCAUGGUCGUGGAUAUUCACCGAAAACAAAACCCAAAAUGAUAAAGAGCAACAAGAGAAAUUGAUUAUGGAAAAUUCGGAAAACAUAGAUUGGACAAUAAUUAACGUUGGAAAAUUGUCAAACGGAAAACUUACGGAAAAUUAUUCGCUCGAAGGGGACGAAGGAGAAGCAAACAAAGCUGUUCAAAAGAAAAUUUCGAGAGCUGAUGUAGCACAUUUUAUCCUUCAAGAAAUUGGAUUCGGGAAGUGGAUUAAACGUACCCCAUUGAUACAUGGCGAAGAGUAA